AUGUGUCUGAAUCAGAAGGGGUACGAGGACGAUUCGAAAUCAGACUCCAGUGAGACGUUAUUGGACAGGGAGAUUCAGUUGGAGGACUCACAGGAACCGCGGGCGUCUUCUGAAGCUCCAGGUGGGAUCAGUUGUGAAAUCGUCUGUGAUGCUCCCAGUAACAAGGAUGCUGAAGAAGAACCCACUGAAGGAGACCCCGGUAAAGGAGAAACUGAUAAAGGAGAAACCACUAAAGGAGAACCCACUGAAGGAGACCCAGCUAAAGAAGAAACUGCUAAAGGAGAACCCACUGAAGGAGACCCCGCUAAAGAAGAAACUGCUAAAGGAGAACCCACUGAAGGAGAACCCGCUAAAGAAGAAACUGCUAAAGGAGAACCCACGGAAGGAGACCCCGCUGAAGAAGAAACUGCUAAAGGACAACCCGCUGAAGGAGAACCCACUGAAAGAGAACCCGGUGAAGGAGAAACCGCUAAAGGAGAAACCGCCGAUGGAGGACGUGAAGAGGAGAAGACGACUGACACGAACCCGGACAGCUUUGAGAGCCGAUACACCGUCGGAGAGCUGCUGGGAAAGGGAGGCUGCGGUUCGGUCUACGAAGGCGUCCGUAAGGUGGACGGGAACCAGGUUGCCAUCAAAUACGUGGUGAAGGAUGAGCACCUCAGAUUUACCAGGAUUCCGGGCGAGACAGAGUUGCUCCCCGUCGAGGUGGCCCUGAUGCGCAUGGUGUCCAGGCCGCCCGCCAGCCCGUACGUGCUGAAGCUCCUGGAGUGGUUCGACACGCCCGAGCGCUGCAUCCUGAUCCUGGAGCGGCCCGUUCCCUGCAUAGACCUCUACCAGCUGAUGCUCAAGAAGGGCAGGCUGAGGAUGCAGUUUGCCCGGCAUGUAAUGCGGCAUGUUGUCCUGGCGGUGCUCCACUGCCGGGAUCGCGGUGUCUUGCACAGGGACAUUAAGCGCCAGAAUGUCCUUCUGAACACGGAGACGCUGGAGGUGAAGCUGAUCGACUUCGGAUGCGGCGACCUGUUGAAGGACACUCCGUACUACACGUAUUCAGGCACGUGGGAAUACUCACCACCCGAGUGGAUAACCAAGCAGAAGUACUAUGGCUGCCCUGCGACCGUCUGGAGUCUGGGCGUACUGCUGUUUUUCUUGGUUUGUGGACGCCUGCCAUUUCGGUCUAAGAAGGAGAUCACCAAAGGGCGUCUAGUGUUCAAACCUGGUGUUUCUGAUGCCUGCUGCCAUCUGAUCGAACAAUGCCUCAAGAAGAAGCCCAGCAAGCGCCUCACCAUUGGGCAGAUCCUCCUGCACAGGUGGUUUGAUGAGUAACCCGAAGACUAGGUCCAGACGGUGUAGAUCUUUAACAGUACAGGUUUCUGAAGGCUUCUGCUAACGGUAAAAACAAUCAAACCUUUUACGAUUUGAGCUUUUUUCCAGGACUAAGAAGGUUCGAGAGCUCUGGGAGGUCUUUCUGGGUGAGUAGGAGAUGAAGGUUUGAAAUCUAUGCCAGGGUUAAGUCUCUAUUCACAGGAUCUCACCGGACCUCCAUGAAUUCACGAUAGCGUAACGGUAGACCUCUAUAAAUUAACAUCUCCAACCUUUCAGGGCUGGAUUGUGUCUAAUUGCAUUUCUUGCUUGUUUUCUCGGUGCAGGUCAAUGAGCAUCUCGAUCCGGAAGACGAGGAGAUUCUUCUUACAGUUACCAGCAGCUUCUUUGUUUAUUAAACAAGUAAAUUGUUCAAUAAAGACGUGAACU